UCCAUCGAGUCGGCAUUUAAAUUGAGCUGGUGCGCAUCAGCUGCUGCUACAUAGGUUAGAACAGAAUAAUAGCUCAAAUAUAUGACUUAAACAUAUUAGAAGAAGAGGAAAGAUACUAUAAUAAUUAUAGAAGAAGCGUGCAGGUUUGGUUCAUUGGAGGAGCUUUUCAACAAUAACGGAGCCUGCCUUGUUACUGACAGCAGCCUUGUGCAUCAUUUUUGGGAUUCCUGCGCGCUUUUUGGAGGAUAUUGAGUCGGUAACGUGAUGCUGGGCGUGCACAGUUUGACAAUUAUUAUUCAUUUGCUUUGUGAUUUCUGCUAAGAUCUUAUAGAUUUUGCUACACCUUGAAUGAUAGUCUGUGUUUUGUGGCCUGGACAAUGGAGGACUGAUGGACUGCAUGUGUUGCAUUUAAAUGAAGUAGCCAAACAUCCUGUUUUAUUAGUAUUGACAUAAUAUAAAAUACUAUACUACACAAUACUAUUCAUUCACGUUUAAUAGUUGCCUUAGCCUAUAGUUGUGUUAUAGUGCAAAUUGGCUUACUCGGCACCUGCACAAAGCAAGCAGUAUUUCUAAGAAGAAAGUUGAAUUAAGAAAACUGUAGCCAUGUUCAGCUGGCUUGGCACAGAUGACAGGAGGAAGAAGGAGCCAGAGGUUUUCCAGACUGUCAGUGAUGGACUCAAGAAACUCUACAAAACCAAGCUUCUGCCACUGGAGGAGAGCUACAAGUUUCACGAAUUCCACUCUCCGGCACUGGAAGAUGCUGACUUUGACAACAAGCCCAUGGUCCUCCUGGUGGGACAAUACUCUACAGGCAAAACCAGCUUCAUACGCUACCUGUUGGAGCAAGAUUUUCCCGGAAUGCGAAUCGGCCCUGAACCCACCACAGACUCUUUUAUCGCUGUGAUGCACGGCGACACAGAGGGCGUCAUCCCCGGCAACGCUUUAGUGGUUGACCCCAAGAAGCCCUUCAGGAAACUCAACGCAUUCGGAAAUGCAUUCCUUAACAGAUUUGUUUGUGCACAGCUGCCCAAUCCUGUUCUGGAAAGCAUCAGCGUUAUUGACACUCCAGGAAUUCUGUCGGGAGAGAAACAGAGAAUCAGUCGAGGAUAUGACUUUGCUGCGGUGUUGGAGUGGUUUGCAGAGAGAGUGGACAGGAUCAUUUUGCUGUUUGACGCUCACAAGCUGGAUAUUUCUGAUGAGUUUUCCGAGGUGAUAAGGGCCUUGAAGAACCAUGAGGAUAAAAUAAGAGUUGUGCUGAACAAGGCUGACCAGAUUGAAACACAACAGCUCAUGAGAGUGUAUGGAGCCCUGAUGUGGUCUCUGGGGAAGAUCGUCAACACUCCGGAAGUGAUCCGUGUCUACAUUGGCUCUUUCUGGUCCCACCCCCUCCUCAUACCUGAUAACAGAAAGCUGUUUGAGGCCGAGGAACAGGACCUCUUCAAGGACAUUCAGUCUUUACCUAGAAAUGCAGCACUCAGAAAACUCAAUGAUCUAAUCAAGAGGGCAAGACUAGCCAAGGUCCAUGCCUACAUCAUCAGCUCCUUGAAGAAAGAGAUGCCUUCUGUAUUUGGAAAGGAAAACAAAAAGAAAGAGCUGAUCGCAAGCCUGGGAGACAUCUACAAACGCAUCGAGAGGGAGCACCAGAUCUCACCUGGAGACUUCCCCAAUCUCAAGAAGAUGCAGGACCAACUUCAAGCUCAGGACCUGACCAAGUUCCAGCCGUUGAAGCCUAAACUCUUGGAGGCAGUGGACGACAUGCUGGCCAAUGACAUCGCCAGCCUCAUGGUUCUGGUCCGCCAAGAGGAGACGCAGAAACCCAACCCAGUGGUCAAGGGCGGGGCUUUCGAUGGGACUUUGGAUGGUCCGUUUGGUCAUGGGUACGGAGAGGGAGCGGGUGAAGGCAUCGAUGAAGCUGAGUGGGUAGUGGCUCGUGACAAACCUGCCUACGAUGAGAUUUUCUACACCCUGUCCCCUGUGAACGGGAAGGUCACUGGAGCCAAUGCCAAGAAGGAAAUGGUGAAGUCCAAACUGCCUAAUACAGUACUAGGAAAAAUCUGGAAGCUUGCGGAUAUUGAUAAAGACGGGAUGUUGGAUGACGAGGAGUUUGCUCUGGCUAAUCAUCUCAUUAAAGUAAAAUUAGAGGGACAUGAACUGCCCCCGGACCUGCCUGCGCAUUUGGUCCCCCCAUCCAAAAGGAAAAUCCAAGAAUAGAUUCUACACUACAUUAUAGAGUAUUAGCUUCAUAGGACUGUCAGUGACUAGCCUGGUUAACCAAACUCUACUCACAACAGUUUCAGACGUAAUCGUGUUGGGCUAAGCACAAGAAAUGGUGAAACUGUAAGAUGACUUGACAUGGAAAUUUUCUGUUUAGCAUUCAUUCUGUAUUAAAACACUAUUCAGUUAAAAUCUACUUAAGGUAGACCACAUGUUUCCAACAGCAGAAAUACCUUUAAUUUUCAAAAAAAAAAAAAAAUUUCUGAUAUAUUAAGAUUUAUUUGUUAAAAAAAUAAAACUUUCAGAUAACUUGUCAGGCUAGAUCAAUACCAUUAGAAUUAUAUAAAUAUAUGUAGCAUAAUAGUUUAAAUCCUCAACAAUUAUUAACAAAUUUUACUUUGAAAAUGUAUCAUUCUUGUAGAUGAAAAUUGCAUUCCAUCUUCUUUUUUCCAGAUUUACCCUGUGAGACACUCUUAUUACGAAGAAGCCUGUAAUUACUGUUAAAUAAUGUAAACAGUAGUGUAGCCGUGAUAACAACCUCACAGGGUGCCUUUUAAAUCUAGUUUAUUUUACUAUUUCACCUCAUGUUGAACUUAAAGAAAUAGAGUUAAAGGCAUAAUAGAUUUUAUUAGGAGAUACUUACAAGUAAAUAAAAAUUGGACUGAAUUUAACUACUGAAAGGACAAUGUGAACAAUAACUACAGCAUUAUGAUUCAAACAUCUGUAAAAUUAUCAACUCAUAAAAAACUGUGUACAAUAAUGUAUGUAUUAAUGUAACUUUACUGACAACAUUUUCAAAGAUAUGGCCUUGUGAAUCAAUGUAUGAGAAAGACUGUUUCUGUAGCCAGUGCAAGAAAUAAAACAUCUCAUUAAUAUGCUUUAAGAAUGACUGUGAUUAUUGUCUUAAUUGUGAUAACAUUUUAAUGAGCAGUGUUUGUAUUGCACAUUUAAAAGUUUGGAUGUUGUCAUGUCAUAUUGUACUCUGUGGUUCUCAACUGGUCUGAGGGAUUUUCAAUAUGUUACUUAUUUACUAUGCCUUAUUUCUAUAUAACGUUUACAACAUUUGACUUAAUGUAAAACAAAGAAAGUAUGUUAAAAUAACCUUAUGUUUCUGGCACACUUUAACUAACUGAUCCUUUGAGAAUCACUAUUCCAUCAUAUGUAUGGUAUUUAUGUUACAAAAGUUAAUGUGUUUGAUUGGGUCACACUACAUGAUGUCUCUUGCCUUGAGUUAAAUGUAUAAAUAUGUAAACAUGUAAUAAAUGUUGUAUCCAUA